GGGCCCGUUGCAUAAAACUUUUUUUCUAACCUGAGAUUUCUAAGGUUGAAAACUCGGGUACCGUAGAUUUCUCAGGUUGGCUACCUGAGAUUGAAAAAUCGAUUGCAUAAAGACUUUGGAAAACUCAGGUUGGUAACCAGAGUUUUAUUAACCACGAAUAUUCGUGAACGAGGAUGCGCACUGAAAUUUGGGUAAAAAAUAAUUGCGCCCGUGUAAACUUGCGAUUGUCUGCUAGCAACGUCAACGAAAUGGCUUCACCAAAUGAGAAAACGCCAACCAAACGAAAGCGUGAAAAUAUGACAGAGCAGCAUAUCCAAAUUCUGUGCGCAUAUGUCAGGGAAAAGAGGUCUGUGCUCUUCGGAAAGCCUUUGUCUCCCACUGAUAGGGUCUCUGAUCAGCGCAAACAAGCUUGGGAAAAUAUUGCUAAGCAGCUUUCAGCGACCGGAUGCCCCAGGAGUGGGGAUGACGUGCGUAAGGCAUGGUCCGACCUAAAGAAAAGGGCCAAAAAAUAUGAGGAUGAUAAGAAGAAGACUGGCGGAGGCUCCUACAGAUUCAAGCCUAUGUUGGAAGAGGUACUACUCACCAUAUCGGACAAAGCCUUACAUGGCAUAAAAGGGCAAAAUAGUGAGACUGGGGCAACUCAACCAUGCUCACAAAACACAGAGGCAUGCAACCUUCUGCACCAGAUGGGACAGGUGGAAGACGACGAUGUGGAGAGAUUGGGAGAUGGAGAGGAAGAUCAAGAUCAAGAUCAAGAAAAUCCCCCCCCAAAAAAAAGAAAUUUGGUAUCACAAGGAAAUUUGUAUCAAGAGAUGCUUCUGAGGAAUCAAGAAGCAAUGCUGGAGACCCAACAAGGCAUUCUAGCGACCCUCAAUGCCAUGUUGGGGGUCCUUCAAGAAUAUGUGAGCAAACAUGAUUGAUUUUUUUUUCUAAAAGGGAUGACUGUUUUCACAAAAUAUUGCUAAAUUGAAACUUCAUUAACUUUGUUAUUUCUUAUUCGAUUUCCAUGAAAUUUUUGGCACUUUGCUCCGUGAAUUCUACUCUAUGUAUUUAUAUAAAUAUUUUCAGCCCGGACCAUCCUUUCAACUAGAUAACAAAAGAUUUUUUUUUCUUCUUGGUAGAAUUGCUUCUCGGUUCUUCAUUAGCAUCUCUUGGUACACAUUUAUCCUGCAAAAAAAUCCACUCAUGCUGCUAUAGACUACUGAAGUAAUGACAUUACAUUUAUUUUUGCAUUUCAUUGUCUUUUAUACAAUAUUUUGGUAGAGCAUGAUGGAAACUCACAAAAACCCAAAUUUUGUUGGAAUCGGUCCAUGGGGGCCCUAAUAUGAACUAAAAAAUAUGUAACUAGCCCCAUUGAAGUCAAUGUAUUAUUUAUUUGUCUGUUUCCUAACAUUUAGAAGUAGGUCAAUAAUAAUUUGACUUCAAUA